AUGCGUCUGGGUGUAGAGACUUUAGGGGACCGCGUCCGCCUCAAAGAAAAUUGCAAACAGUUCGCUGAUGGAGAAAGGCGAACAAAUGUGGCUUCCACGAGCUCUGUCGGCUCUUCUCAAGCUCAGCAGUUGAUCGAGGAAAGAAGGAGGCUUUUUCAGCCGUACAGCAGCCGCCGUGAAAAAGGUUCUGGAACCUCAAAGUCUGCUAAGAGGAAAAAUCCAUCCCGACGCACAUGGACAGGUCAAUUUGUGUGUUUAGCAGAUCGACAAGCAUGCAGAGUGCCGUCUUCCUCGGAAAAACAGAUCUUGCAGCAGGCUGGCCUUGGCCUAAAAAAGAUCAAUUUUUUUGUUGAUGAAAACGAGGAGGAAGUGGUGGAGAAGCUUACUAGUGAUAUGCCAGGCGACGAUGGCCAUCCAAUCGGCUUCCCUCAGCUAAAAGAAGGCAAGGGCUUUGAAAUUAUGAGUUGUGUAACAAAUUCUCGUGAUUUGGCAGUCAUAAAAUCGUCCUGAUCUGUAGAAGGGUUGAAGUCUCUUUUCACGCCUCAAACAAAGAUUUAUCUCCGGCCUAUUCAGAAGAGCCUGCGUGUGAAAGGAGGGCAAGAAAACAGGCUGACAUGCAAGUUGAAAGAGAAGUGUAUGUGGUGUUCUAAGGAGAUCCCUCUAAACGAGCUUCGAUCGCACUUAGUGACUUGUAACUGUAAUGUGUUUGAUGACAACAUUGAAGAUGAGGUCAUGGUGUUAUCUGACGAGUCAAGAAAUGAUUUGAAAGAUUAUAUGGCUAAUGCACUGUCAAGUGCCACAGUUUCAACAAAGGAGGUGGAGUCUAUUGGUCAAGGUGGCAGUGCCUAUCCAUCUCCCAGUGUGCCACUGGUGGCAUCAGACAGUGACAGUAGCCCCAUGCUGACCUUCCCUUCUUCAUGUGGCAAUGCCAACCAAGCUGAAGCUGGUUGCUCUUCCUCUCAAGGCACUUCUACCGUAUCCGAAACCCACUUCAUUGGCAGUCAGACAGAGUCGAGUGACAGAAGCCCCAUGCUGACCUUCCCGUCUUCAUCUGGCAAUGGCAACCAAGCUGAAGCUGGUCCCUCUUCCUCUCAAGGCAUUUCUACCAUAUCUGAGACCCACUUCAUUGGCAAUCAGACAGAGUCCAGUGACAGUAGCCCCAUGUUGACCUUCCCUUCUUCAUCUGGCAAUGGCAACCAAGCUGAAGCUGGUCCCUCUUCCUCUCAAGGCAUUUCUACCAUAUCUGAGACCCACUUCAUUGGCAAUCAGACAGAGUCCAGUGACAGUAGCCCCAUGUUGACCUUCCCUUCUUCAUCUGGCAAUGGCAACCAAGCUGAAGCUGGUCCCUCUUCCUCUCAAGGCAUUUCUACCAUAUCUGAGACCCACUUCAUUGGCAAUCAGACAGAGUCCAGUGACAGUAGCCCCAUGUUGACCUUCCCUUCUUCAUCUGGCAAUGGCAACCAAGCUGAAGCUGGUCCCUCUUCCUCUCAAGGCAUUUCUGCCAUAUCUGAGACCCACUUCAUUGGCAAUCAGACAGAGUCCAGUGACAGUAGCCCCAUGUUGACCUUCCCUUCUUCAUCUGGCAAUGGCAACCAAGCUGAAGCUGGUCCCUCUUCCUCUCAAGGUAUUUCUACCAUAUCUGAAACCCACUUCAUUGGCAGUCAGACAGAGUCCACAGCUCAUCCCUUGGAAGGCACUAGCUUGGGACCUCUAACCAAUAAUGACCACAUCACCAUGGAGAAGUUUGAUGUUGACAUUGCACUGAUAAUGCCAAAGAUAAAAGAGCACAUCUAUUCUACAGGUUGGAUUCAUUUAUAUUAUUUUGACCAUGUAGUAUCAAUUUACUGCAAAACUCAGAAAAUUUGAACACCAGAAAUAUUUCUGAAAUGCUCUUUUAAUUGCAAAAGAAAAAUAAUGCCAAUAAGGCAUUGAAAAAACAAAAUUAAACAGAAGCAGCAGAGGUGCAUAAGAUAGCUUUGUGGUGGUUUGCUUGGCCAAUACAUAACCAACAUGCAUAAAAUAUUUUCUAGGCUUUCCAUCAUUUUCUGAGUUUUACAGUUACUGGGGCCUUGUAUCAAUCCCACAUCAAAUAUUUUGUAGGAAAUUGUAUAAUACUUUAGAAUAGAGUUGUAACUGAGUACUCAAAUUAGCUUAUAUGAAUUAAUUUAAAGAAAAACCUUAUGGGUUUGACCUCCGGUUUUAUUGGCCUCUCUCAUUCAAACCUCCCCUCCCCCCCUCACCCUUCCUCGAUGAUCUAGCAGUAAAAUAAGACUGACAAUUGGAAUAAUGAUGUUGAUAAUAUAAUAAUAAUAAUAAUAAUAAUAAUAAUAAUAAUAAUAAGAUUAGUAUUUAGCCGAGAGGUUAUUCUCACCAUAAUAGCUUCCUGGAAGGUUGUUUACCUCCUUGUCACCAUCCCAUUCAUUACAAUAUUGUGAAAAAUACGCCUUUCCAUAGGCGACUUUAUAUGCAGGAAAACUAUUUGUAUUAAAUUUGUAAAUAGGGGAUACAAAUAAUUUUUAAAUAAUUAUACUUUAUCCUUAAAUUGACAGACAUCUUAAACAAUCCUGUGGAGAUACUGAGGUAUGUCCAAAGCCAGCUUGUUCGAGGGAGGACUCUGGACGUGCUGGAUGAAUCGAGAUGUGAGGUGGGCAUUACCAAUUACAUACUGGUGGACAGAUUGCAUUUGCUGGAAACAGCCUUUGAUGAAAUUUCCGAUCUGGAAAAUCUGUUCCUUACUCUGGAAGUACAGUUUUAUGGGGAGGUAUGUUCUCAGCUGGUGUAGAUCAUAUUAAAGAUUUUGUUGAUCUAUGUAGAUGUCAUAAGAAUGAUUUGCCACUAGUUAUAAUAAUAUUUUAUUAAAAGCUAUAUAAUUUUUCUGUUUAAAGUUUUGAGAUACAUGUAUCCUUAAUUCCCCAGGUUGCUGAAGAUUUUGGAGGGCCACGGAAAGAAUUCUUUUCCCUAUGCGUAAAAGCAAUAAAGGAAAAGUAUUUUGAUGAUGGCCUUCUGAACCACCAAGCAGAGGCAUAUUACUUAGUUGGAGUCAUAUUAGGUAUGUUGUUGUUUCAUUCAAGUCUGAAAAAUGAAUGACCUUUAUAGAAAUCUUAAUUUGAGAGACAGAACUUUCUUAUUUUGCUGUGACAUGCAUUAUGCUAGGCUCUUCUGUUUAAGCCUAAGAAGUGUUUCUAAAGCUGUGUAUGAGGUUUUUUUUCCCUCUGUUUCACAAUUCUGAGUUCAAAGUGGUUCCUUGCGCCACCCCCAUCUCCCAAACUUCUUAAAUGUAUAGUAAUAUUGGGUAUCAAAAGAGUGCUAUCAUGUGCACAGUGUAUCUAAGAAAAAAUAUAUUUGCUGGGAUGCUAGAAUUGAUCAUCAAUGAUUUUAUUGUAUUUCCUAUUAUGCACAGGACUCAGCAUUCUUCAAAAUGGAGUUUUGCCAAGAUUUAUUGGUGAAGAGAAUCUCCAAGAAAUAUUCUUCAGUCCUAAUCCCAACCAGUGUGCAGAGCAACUUAGGAAUGGAUUCUCCAAGCUAGGAAUUGUUCAGGUAUAUUUUAAUCAUAAUGUUAUUGCUCUUUGAAUGAAAGCAUUAUCAACAGAGGUACAACAGGACCAUUCAUGCGAUCUUUUUCUCUUACAGAUUGCGAAUGAGUUUCCCAUCUUUCUUCAUCUUUUACGCCCCAACCCCACCAGUGUCUUGACUUUGAAAAAGGUGACUCAUCUUCUUCAACUCGAGUUUAGUGUGGAGGGGUCUAACAGAAGGCAGUUUGAGGAUGCAGUGUACAGACAAUUUGUGAAGUAUUUGCAUAGGGCUGCAGGUAACUUGUAACUUCACAGACAAAAGUUAUAAGUACAUUUGGGAAUGGGUUGAAAUCAUUAAUCAGGAACAGAUUGCCUUGUUGGAAUUAACAUUCCACUCUGUUUAUUGAAUAUCAUGAUACAUGUAUUCCAAUAGUGGUCUCUGCAAAGAAAAUGAUGCUAAGCCAAAAAAAAUGGAAUGCAAAGUAGGCAAAUUAUGUUGCACAUGUGGCUUUACCCAUUCGAACUGUUGAACAAACUGUUCAAAACGGUUAUUAUUAUUACUUUUACUAUUUAUGUUGUGGUUGUUUAGGAUUGCUAAAGUUUGACCCAUUUCUAUUCUCUUGACAGCUGGACAAAGAGGGAAUGUUACCCUUUCACACAUUCUCCAGUUCGCAACUGGUGCAGAAGAAGAACCGGUUCUUGGGUUUUCCAUUCACCCCUCCAUUGCUUUUGUUGAUGCAGAAAAUGGUUUUGUUCCUACAGCCAACACAUGCAUUAAUUCCCUUAUGCUUGUGAGGCCCACAAUAAGUAAACCCCUACCAUAUGAGUAUGCUCUUUUCAAAGUUUUUGAUUAUGCAUUUCUAAACUCAUAUUUUGGUAACAUGUAA